CCCUGCCCCAGCCCGGCCGAGAUGGCGCGGCACAAGCAGGAACAGGCGCUGUCCGAGGAGAAGGGGCCCCAGGCAGAGGAGGAUGGCGAGGCAGCCGGGGCCAAGGGGCUGCAGGGGGCCGAGCCGGGCUUCCAGCCUCCCGAAGGCGGCUUCGGGUGGAUCGUGGUCUUCGCCGCCACCUGGUGCAACGGGUCCAUCUUCGGCAUCCAGAACUCCUUCGGGAUCCUGUACGUGAUGCUGCAGGGCGACCUGGGCGACGGCGAGAAGGACCGCACGCUGGAGUUCAAAACAGCGCUGGUUGGAGCCCUGGCCAUGGGGAUGAUUUUCUUCUGCUCUCCUAUUGUGAGUAUCUUCACGGACCGGAUUGGCUGCAGGACGACAGCAGCCUCAGGGGCAGCCAUCGCUUUUAUUGGACUGCUUUCCAGCUCUUUCACAAAGUCCCUUGAAGUCCGCUAUUUCACCUAUGGAAUCCUCUUUGGAUGUGGCAGUUCCUUUGCUUUCCAGCCCUCCCUGGUUAUCCUCGGCCACUACUUCAAACGCCGUCUAGGCUUGGCGAAUGGCAUCGUGGCUGGAGGGAGCUGCCUCUUCUCAAUGUCCCUUCCCUUCUUUUUGAAAACAAUCGGGAGCACCAUUGGGCUAGCUCACACUUUCCAAGUCCUCAGCGCCUUCAUGUUCAUCCAGAUUCUCUUGUCUCUGACUUUCCGGCCCAUCUUGCCGCCUUCUUGUGACUCUCACCAUGAUAGACAAGACAAACUGGGCAGUCGGAGCAUGAAACAGCAGUGCUGGUCUCAGAUGCGGAAAUAUUUCAACAUGAGGGUUUUCCAGAGAAAGACAUACCGAAUUUGGGCUUUUGGCAUUGCUACAGCCGUCCUGGGAUACUUUGUACCUUACGUGCAUCUGGUAAAGUAUGUGGAGGAGGAGUUUAAGGAAAACAAAAAGGAAUGGGUUCUCUUGGUUUGUCUUGGAGCCACGUCGGGGCUCGGACGGUUGGUUUCUGGCCGGAUUGGAGACUGCAUUCCUGGAUUGAAAAAGAUUUUCUUGCAGGUUGCCUCCUUUAUGCUUCUGGGCCUCAUGUGCAUGAUGAUCCCUCAAUGCCAAGCGUUUGAGGGCGUCAUUGUCGUCUGCCUGUUUCUCGGACUUUGUGAUGGAUUCUUUAUUACCAUCAUGGCCCCCAUAGCCUUUGAGCUGGUUGGACCCAUGCAAGCUUCUCAAGCCAUUGGCUAUCUCCUGGGACUUAUGGCCAUUCCAAUGACAGCUGGCCCACCAAUAGCAGGAUACCUCCAUAAUUAUUUUGGGAAUUACUACCUUGCCUUUUACCUUGCUGGAGUUCCCCCAAUUAUUGGGGGUCUGGUCCUGUCUGUUGUUCCUCUGAUCCAUCAAAGAAUGCUCAAGAAGCAGCAGAUGGAUUCUGGCAAAGACAAGAUGUUGGUCUUAGAUACAGUCAUAAACGGAGAGCUUCUUCCGGGCUGUCCUUCCACUGAGGCACACGUAUAAAGCCUUUUCCCGUUCAGCCAUACACACACCAAUACACACAGAUGUGUUAUCACCACCAGCAUCUUCUCCCCUGACUAAGCAUGGGCCUUUUUAAAAAUGGAGCAGGAGCCAGUGUUCCCUCUAAUCUUUUCAAUCUUGUGUAGAAUAAAUGUGUAUGUGCACUGUGCACUGAGGCAUGUACCAAAUGUGUACCACCAAUAGAAACAAAAACCCUAUCUAUGGGCAUUCUGCUAAUCAGCUGGAUGGCACAUGACUCUCUUCUGAGUGGCCACACAAGUGCACAGCUUACAGGAAACAUUGAGCGGGACCCUCCCAAACUGCAGACGAGUGGCACCAAAUGGAUAAUGAAGAAAGUUCUAGUUCCAAGCAUUAGCUACCGGCGCCAUUUUUCAGAAUGUUUUGAAUUGAAAGUUGUGUCUUUCACCAGCAUUUUUCUAACACGAAUUCUCACUAGAACUCCAACUCCCGUUUGCUCCUCCCCCAGUUUUCUGUUUGUCACAGCAGUGGUUGACCGCUGAUUAGGCUGCUGGUGGAACAUGUUAACCUUUUGAUUGUAGUUUCAGAUCCAUCCCAUCACGCAGGAUUGUCAGUGAUGCUUGAAUGUGUUGCCUUGGAGGGGGAUUCCGCUCCAUGCCCCCACCGUGUAAUCGGCAAUUCACAAAUUCUUAGCCUGCUUUUGGAUCCCAUGUGAAGGCAAAAGAAUUCCAGUGGGGGGAACCUUUGUCUCUUUUGUAAGAGUGUUCUGUGUUUCCCUGUCCUCCAAAGAAUCUAUUCCUGAAGCUGUUGGUAUGCUUUUAUGGACUACCAGUUCAUCGUGGUAGCACGGUCUGCCAGCAGACUCACAUUCCUGCCACUCUCCCCUCAAUGUCCCAUGUUAAUGUACAUCAAGAGGGGAACAGCCCCUUGCUAUCUAAUCUGAUACCCAAAUUAGCUGUAGACAGUGAAGGUAAGUUAAUGCAUUGGCUACUUCAGAUAUGAGUUUCACUGGUCUCAGUACUCCCACCUUUCCAUCCCUUCUUGGAGAAUGCUUCAUUGCAAUGGAAAAGUGCUUCUCACCACUGGCUAUGGCUCAGUGUGUCACUGAUCCCCCACCAAUGGUUAGGGCAUUGGGUCACUGCAGAAAAAAGAGGGGGCAGAGAAAACAGAAGAACGGAAAAGGGAAGAAAAAAUAAUAAUAAUUGGCUUUGCUCAGCUACUACUGAUGGCCAGCAGUGUUCCCUCUAAGCUGUGGGGCAUCACAGCUUCACAGGUGAUUAAGCAGCCCCGCCAUGUCAGUCAGCUCCAUGCAGGAGCCUUGAACCUCUGAGGGGGUGGGGAUGAUUAAUCACCUGUGAAGCUCUGCUGCCCUGCAGCUUAGAGGAAACAGUAAUGGCCAUUCCUUCAAGGUUACUGUUCUGAAAUCCAGUGGUUCCUCUGUCAUUCAUCUGUGUUUUAUCAACUAGUCCUUAAAUUAGUAGGCGUCCAAGCCAUCCAUUGUAAGGUGAAUAAACAAUGGCUAACUUAGGAUGCUAUAAUCAUUAAAAUGCUAAAUUUGCAAGGCAAUGAAAUUACAAACAUUGACUCCUCCAAAGAGGAACAGUUAGUUGGAGUGGAGUCCUGACGUUUACACAAGUCAGCAUUGACCUGAGCCAUUCCAGCUGGUUAACUUCUCUGCAGAAUGUGGGCUGGUUUUUGCUCUGAAUUCUGAAUUCCCUAAUGUACCCCUAGGGCUGUCCCAACAUGUGCCAUGUGAGCAGAGGGGUAAUGCACAGUCAUGCAGAUGAACCCUCAUGUGCCAGCGCUGUAUUUUCAUCAAUAAUCAACGUGUCAAUGUUACAGGAGCUGUGGGAAAAGGCUGAACAUUUUUUGUAAAAGCCACAUGGUUCCUUUUUUAAAAUAAAAAAACAGUCUGCUGCAGUAUUUAACUCUGUGUCUAUGCAGGAGCCCUGCAGUGGGCCACAACGAGAGGUCAGCUAAGGAGGAGCAAGGAUUGUACAGAGGCCAGUGGUUGAGCUGGCUGGGUGUAUUUCCAAAGGAUUUCCAUUGUGAGAGGGAAGAGUUCUCUCUUGACGCCACUGAUGCAGUAUUUGUGUGCUGUGAACUGCUCUCUGUUUGAUGUAGGAAGAGUAGUGUCAGCUAUCCAGCUGGAUCAUUGCAAAUCAAAGUCACCUGCAAGGCCUCGGUGACUUCUGUCCCCCUAUGAGCCAACAGAGAGAAAGCAAAAUAGAGAAAAUAUGCAGAAAUAAAGAACUCGGAUUGCAUUGAAUCGAGUUCAUUAAAUCAAAGCCUUCAGUACAUCUUGAUCUCAGAGAGAAAGGUCAAUAAAAAUAAAUGUGGUAGAAGCAAAUUCACAGCAUCGAAUGAAGGUAAAACUCAGCACGGGUGUUGCCAGAAGCAAGUUCUCACCAGGCAUGGGUGGUAAAUAUAGUAUGUGGCUGGAAAGAAAGUGAGCUUUCGCAACUCCAGGCUUAUGAAACCAGUAAGCUGCUUGUUAAGCCAGAGUACUGAGGUUCCCUGCAGAUCUACCUCCAGUGGGAACCCUGAUUAUCUCCUAGGAAAUCUGUGGGGCAAAAAUGAUUUGUCUAAGUUUCUAUGUCCACAAUACAGUAAUUCAGUAGAGAGAUAGAGAAAUUGCUGGCCAAAAAUGGAUAAAUUGAGUCCUACACAUGAAGUGAUUGUACAUCUAAAACAUUUUUACAAGCUAUGGACUUAAAAAGCUACUAUUAAAAAUGUUAACAGUGAAAACUUAACAGAUAGACGUCUUAUGAUAACCUUUCUUGUUUCUUAUUGUGAAUGCAGAUAUGUGUAAUCCCAUGACGAAAACUGAGCCAUAAACUUAUUUCCAAUCCAUGCCUACAAGUCCUGUUGAUGUUUGCAUUGGUGGGAGUUUGGCAUUGGACUGACAGCUCUGUUUGCUUUUACCAGUGUUGCCUAUAUAAGCUAAAGUCGUGUGUUCUGAUCCUUUGGAAAUUUCAGUCCCUGUAAUAUCUGGAGAAGUAAAUGGUAUUUUGUAGCACUUAUGACUUAACCUAAACAAGAUGUGUGUCUUUGCCCCCUUUCCUCAAAAGAGAUGCAUGCUUUUCUGUGACCUUUUUUACUGUUAUUCAACUCACAGAUUCUAACAUAUGAAACAAAUGUGCGAUUUCUUAUUUUGUGGCAUCUGAAGCAGGCAACACAGCAAGACUGGUCACAUAUCAGAGCCAAGGGAAGUUACAUCACCUGGAUAAAUGUUUGUUGAACAGGUUGUACUUCGUAUCAGUGCCUUGAUAUGGGCCAGAUUGUGAUGACCUUGCUCUACUAAUAGUCCCAUCAAACUCAGUGGGAUUUUAUACUUUAUUCCAUUGAAGUCAAAGGGGCCCUUCACAGAGUUCGGUGCUACCAAGCGAGUAAAAGCAUCACAAUCUGAUUGUAAAUCCCCCUAUUUAGGAGCAGAGGUGAAGAGGACUUUGUAUUGCAACUCCCUUUAUGUCCUGUGAUUUGUGUGUGUGUGUGUGGGCACGAUGUCUCUAAAUUAGCUGAUUCUCAAUUUGGAGGCUUUUCUGUGGAAGGGGAGGAGGGGGUUAAUUUAAAAAAGGGUCUGUAACUGAUGCUCAGUAAGACAAGCAGUGCUGUCUCAACACCAGUUCUGAAACAGAUGCAUGUUCAUAAGCAAUUGACUA